GCUGCGUAAGAGCUCAGUGAGUUCUUCAACUUUGUGUCGUUAAUACAUCUUUCGCGGUCGAUUUUUUGUGUGAUAUUUGUUUCACAUAUUGGUUCUUUAUUAUUCGUAUUUAGUGUCUAAUAUACUUGCAUUGUGGAAAGUACGAUUGAUUUUUUUCUGUGUAAAAAAAAACUCGUCGUUAUAAAAGAAAGAAAUCAUGGAGGAAAAAAGCGAAAUACAGUCGUAUUAUAACGGCAAAACUAUUUUCAUUACCGGUGGUUCCGGUUUUAUGGGAAAGGUUCUUAUUGAGAAAUUGCUUUAUAGCUGCAGCGACCUUGACAAAAUUUAUAUGUUAAUAAGAUCGAAAAGAGGCAUCAGUCCUGACAUACGUAUCACUCAGAUAUUCAAAUUACCGAUGUUUGCAAGAAUCCGUAAAGAAAAGCCAGAAGUUUUCAAAAAAUUGAUACCUAUAAUUGGAGAUAUUUCUUUGAUUAAUCUUGGUCUGAGUGACGAACAACGAGAAAUGUUAAUUAACGAAACUCAAAUAGUCUUUCAUGUAGCAGCCAUGGUUAAAUUGGACACAACAUUGAAACAAGCGGUCGAUUUUAAUUUGAUUGGGACCAAGAGAAUGUUGGAUCUGAGCAGGGAUAUGAAAAAGUUAGAAGUUUUCGUACACUUGAGCACGGCAUUUUGUCAUGUCGAUCAGGUGGAACUAGGUGAACGAGUUUACGAUUCAACAGACGAUCCUCAAGACGUAAUAAGACUUGUUCAGUGGUUGGACGAGGAAAUCAUCGAUUUUAUCACGCCUAAAUUGAUAGCUCCGCAUCCGAAUACUUAUACGUACACAAAACGUUUGACGGAGAAAAUAGUAACCGAUGAGUAUCCUAACAUGCCAGUCGUCAUAACGAGACCUUCCAUUGUUGUACCGGCUGUUAAAGAACCUUUGCCAGGUUGGGUGGAUAAUUUAAACGGACCAAUAGGUAUGAUGAUUGCUUCCGGAAAAGGUGUAUUGAGAACGAUGCAUUGCGAUCCUGAUUAUUGUGCCGAAGUUAUGCCCGUUGAUUUUGCUAUUAAUGCAUUGAUUACGAUCGCUUAUAAGGAAGCUUCAAAUAGGAACAAAUCGAAAAACAUUCCGGUUUAUAACGUUACGCAAAACUCCAUUGAACGAAUGUCCUGGGGUAAACUUAUAGAAAAUGGUAGAUAUAUUAUUAACAAGUAUCCAUUUGAUGGAAUGCUUUGGUAUCCGGACGGCAACCUACGGAAAAGCAAAUGGGUUCACGAUAUUAUGCAUUUCUUCUUUCAUAUCAUACCGGCUUACUUUAUCGAUUUCUUGCUGUUAAUAUUUUUGCAACAAAGAUUUAUGGUACGUCUUCAAAAAAAGAUUGCGAAUGGCCUUAAUUUAUUGGAAUAUUUUACUACGCGAGAAUGGUACUUUCACAAUACGAAUUUACUAAUACUUUCGGGUGAGAUGAAUUCGAAGGAUAAAGAACUUUUCCAAAUUGAUGGAUCCAAAGUCAACCAGAUAGAAUUCAUGAAGACCAGUAUAUUGGGAGCUAGACAAUAUUGCUUGAAGGAUGAUCUCUCUACUGUACCGAGAGCACGGAUGCAACUAAAGAUACUGUACAUCAUUCAUAAUAUAGUACUAUUCUGCUUCUACUUCGGCAUAUUUUAUUUCCUUUACACGCACUUGGAGUUUGUUCGAGUUUAUGUGAAUUACAUCACGGAUAAGAUAAAAAUGCUUCCAAUGAUGGGAAAUAUUAUAAGGGAGACUCGUAUUUAAGAAAAAUAAUCGACAAAAAAAAAAUUUGUUUAUUUACAAUUUCUCUAUAUCGUUCGAAUAUUUUUCUAUAAUCAUUUUCUUUUUUUUCUUUUUCAACUUUAUCAAAUACUGUGAUAUAGGUUUGUAUGAUAUGAAAAGGUAUGUGACCAUGUGAGUGGUGUACUUUUUCUUAAGUUUUAAGAAAAAGAUGGGCUAAUAGGAAAAACAACAUUUUUCCUAACGAGAUAAUCUUCCUUUUUAAAUAGCUAAAAAGGACUUUCUUAUUAUUUUCAUACUUUCUUAAUUAAAAGAAGAUCAAUAAUGUAGUACGUGAACCUUCCAAAAUAUGGAUGCACUUACUAAUGCUAAAGUAAUGGAAAAGAAAAAGAAGAAAAUAAUAGAAAAGGAUUUUCGAAGAAUGGAUAAAUAUACUAUAAUAAAUACAGUUUUAAACUGUAUAGGGAAAUUUUAUGUAUGUACAUAUCUAAAUAUUAAAUCUUUCCUAUGCGUUAUAUUUUUUAUGGUGAUACAUGCAUACAUUAUAUAUAUAGAAGUAAUAUAUUACGUUUGUAUCAUUUUAAUUUCAAGUUGAAUAAAGAAUAUUUUGGGUAGAGGAUAA